AUGGAGAGCAACACUGUUAAUGACAGAGUUGCGAGAGCUUCCUCAUCUGCCUCCCUGAACUCUAGCAAUCCACAACGAAACACCUCAAGAAAUGAUAAUAAUAAUAUUUCGUCGUCAAGUUCACGUAGCACCGGGGGAGGACAAACUUCAACUGUGAUUUCUACUGUUUUAUCAAAUGCGCCAACGUCAACGCUUGCUACAACCUCCGUGCGUGCCUCUGCUGCAGGGUCGAGACGAGUGAGAUGGAAUUGGAUAGGGUAUUUAGUGGAGAAUUUUAGAUCGGCUUCACGAACCUCUAAAGUUUUGUUAAUACUGUCUUUGACUAUGGUGCUAAUUCAAGUUAUAGUUACAGUGACAGUCCUUGUGACGUCUCGAAAUCAAACAUGCGACAAACCACUUCAACUUUUCCUUGAAUUGUACAUUGUGAGGGUGAUUCUCGCGUGUCCGGUAAAUGUAUAUUUAUACUUGAAUCCCAGAGAAAAUAGAAUACGCGGUGGGCAAAAUCAGACUGAAAAUGAACGAAGAAGAGAUGGUUGGGAAACCGCACCUGCAAUCUUCUAUUUAUCUCUAACGUGGGUUAUUCUCGGCUACAUUAUCAUCACCAUUCCAAUAUUAUUAUGUCUAGCAGUGAUAUUCUGUCUGCCAUGUGUGUUAGUAGCCAUGAGAAUAUUGCAUGUUAGUGAAACCGUAGGAAUCAGUGGAGCAAGUGAUGAUGUUAUUUCCAAAAUUCCCUUGGUAAAAUACAAAUCGGUGGCAGAAGAUGAGCUUUCAACAGUCACAAUCAGUAAUCCCGACACUACAAUAAAUGAUUCAGAUUCUAAUACACAAACAGCACCGUCAACUACAGAUACCCAUGAUUUGCUACAACCACAUAAACCAUCUAGACUUAAAUUUGGAUUCGGGAAAAAGAAAGUGACAUCAACGACAAGUUCACCCGCGCCCCCACGAUUUCUCACAAUCCCAAAUAAAGAUGACGCGUUGUGUUCGAUAUGUCUGUCAACUUACGAGGAUGGAGAAGACCUUCGACAUCUGUGGUGUUCACAUCAUUUUCAUAAAGAUUGUGUGGAUAAGUGGCUGGGAUUGAAUAGAAUGUGUAGUAGUGGUGAAAGAAGUAGUGCACCUUCUGGGUCACAGGAUCAGUUUUCUGCUAUUGCCGAUAAUAAAGUCUGA